AUUCAGGCUGAGGUCUAAGACAAGAGACAACUGCAGAUCAAUUAUGACCAGCAUUUAAAGGAACCAACACUAAACAAUUCAAUCAAACUUACACACUCUACCGUAAUCACUCCUCAGUACCAUAAAUCAUGACAAUUUCCAACGGUAUCAACGGUCACACUAAUGGCCAUACAAACGGCAGCGCGACUACUUCUUCAAAGAACGGCACCUUAUUUGCCAAGCCUCACAAAGCCUCGAUAUCAUCCAUCGUUUCAGAGCUUUUCGAGGACAAUAUCACAGCAAAGAUCCUUCACGCUGCAGAGUCAGGCCUUGUAAACAACAACCCCCCAUUGGCGUACCCCGAAUAUGUCCCCCAGACUGGGUCAGAUGCUGGGAAAUACAUACUUCGUGAGAAACUCUUUUGGACAUGUGGCUUCUUCCCAGGUUCCAUAUACUCGCUGAUCGAGCGUCUCAUCAAGUAUCCGCAAGCUUCAGCUGGAGAUGCCAACAAGCAACAACUGCUCAAGCAACUGCUCGCUGUCGGACGAGCUUGGUCUGACCCGCUUCAUGAGUAUGCCCAGAGAACAGAUACCCACGAUAUGUCUUUCAUGAUCCAGCCAUCUAUGAGAGUUCGUUGGGAGACUUUACACGAGUCGACAGCCCUUGAGUCUAUCAUCACUGCUGCGCGCUCACUCUACUCAAGAUACAACGCCAAUGUCGGCGCUAUCCGAUCAUGGGAUGUCCUGUCGCAAAAUGGUGUCGAUAUUUCUAGCAUGACAGAGGACUUUCUGGUGAUUAUCGACUCUAUGUGCAAUCUCGACCUGCUGUACUACGCGGCUGCACAGACUGGCCAGACUGAAAUGGCUGAAGCAGCAACAGCCCACGCCAAGGCUCUGAUCAAGGCCUUACUACGACAGGAGACAGACGAGUCUGUGGGAAGAACCAUGUACAGCACGUUUCACGUUGUCAACUUCGACCCCAAAAACGGAUCCGUCAAGGAGAAGAGAACUGGUCAAGGCUACGCGGCCAACUCAACUUGGGCUCGCGGACAAGCUUGGGGUAUCCUAGGAUACUCACAGACGUACAACUGGACCAAAGAUCCUGAGUUUCUGGAUGCAGCUAUUGGUUUAGCUGAAUAUUUCAUCUUUAGACUACUCAAGUCCCCAGACUGUGUCGAAAUCCCCGUCUCCGGAGAGGAUCGCACGAAGGGUCGAUACGUUCCUCUUUGGGACUUUGACGCCCCGAUUGAUACUUCCGCACCACUGAGAGACUCUUCAGCGGGCAUUAUUGCUGCAAACGGUAUGCUUGUUCUCUCCCAAGCUCUAGCUGGAAGUGGAUCACCCGACUUGAGUGAGAGAUAUCGAUCGAUGGCGAUUCGAAUUGUAAAAGAUACGCUCGACUUUUCCCUUGCACAGGAAAAGUCGAAAGUGACGUUGAGAUCAGAUGGAAAAUUUGAGGUUCAGGACCUGAAGCCUGAAGCUCAUUUCGAGGCUAUUCUGAAGAACGCCACGGCAAAUCACAAUGCCAAAGACUACAAGAGAUACUGGGAUCAUGGACUGGUUUAUGCUGAUUACUACUUGAUUGAGUUUGGGAACAGGUUGUUGAAGAUGGGAUUGGUAUAGAUACAUCUUCCAGAAUUUCAUAUGCAGAAUUAGUGAAGCACUUUGUCUACUUGUCAUAAUAUAGUUUUGAUAUUCCCUCAUUAUCCUAAUGUCCAGUUGUUCAUAGAGAACGGUCCCCCUUGAUCGUCAAUCGUCUGAGCCGUAAACAUCAUGUCAUCAAAGCUGAUGACUCGAUCCAACUGCAUGAAAUCCUGAUCCAUAAGAACGGUUGAGAUGGCUGACAGCUCAUCUGGUGAACUGUGCUCCACUCCGGGAUUGGUAGGAGAUAUCUGGGGAAGGAAGCUGAGCUGGCUGCCUGGGGCUUGAGGAGGGCCAGGAUUAAGAAUAGAUCUCUGGGACUCGCUAUCAAAUGAGUUCUGCAACGUGCCGGAUGCUACUCCGGCCUGAGCUUGGCUGCUGUGCUGAUUGUCGGUUUGUCCUUGGCGGAGGUAAUUGGGUACCUGUGUAACAAAACCAUCGGUCGAGUAUCCAACGACAUCUGGAGAAUAAUCCGGAUUCUCCGCGCAUUUCUUGUGAAGCGCGCGUAGUUGAGCGCUGUACUUCCCAGCCAAGGAAGAAUUAGAUUUCGAUCGGGACAAAGGGCCUGCCCAUCUCUUAGAGAAGUCAUCGAGGCUUUCGACUAAAACCCAGAACUCAGGGGCUAGAUCGGUUUUGUAAAAUUUCC